AUGGCAGUUUUAGCGAAAAUAUGUUGCUGCGGAUGCAGUCUACGAGACGGUGCGUUGCUUAUUGGAAUCUUCGGCCUGAUCUUCCAAGUAAUCAUACUUUAUAACCGAAGUAAAGCUCUCAUAAAGUACAACCAGGCUAUCAUAGACUGGGACAGCUACGAAGGAUAUCUCCCUGUAGCCAAGAAGCACAUUCGAGCCAUCAUCGCAUUGACUUAUGUAACCCUCGCCUUCAAAGUGAUUUCAUUCCUAUGCAAUGUGUCAUUACUAAUAUCCGUUGGCACGAAAAACAUUAAUUUGGCUGUGGUCUGGCUGGUGUGGAACGUUUUUGAUUUUGCAUACUCUGUUUUAGUGACAAGUUUCCUGUUGUCCGUCUUCGAUGUGUUUAUAUAUGCAGAUAUUGUGAUAAUCCUGUGGUGUUUGCUUACGCUCUAUUUCGUGAUUGUGGUUCAUUCGUACAUACAGGCCCUCCGUGAAGAUCCAUUAGGGGCAAGCGCCGGUUUUCCUAGAGCACACGUUUACCAGACUCAAACGGCUGGUUUACGAUAUGCUAGCCUAUGCACACCACCACCCACGACUGCUGUGCCUUCACACAUUGGUGUAGGAUGUUGCGCAGUAUCGGACGAGAAUACCAUGACGCCACAGGCUGGUUAUGUUCAUCCUCCUCCAUAUCCAGCUGUGACGUCAUAUACUGAUGAAAGAUACCCUUCUCAUCAUCCAAUGGCUGGUAAGAUUACUCUGUCGUCAUACUAUGACGCUGGUAAUCUUCCUUCACACGUAGCACAUGGCAGAACUACCAUGACAUCACAAGAUAGCCCAGAGCAUCCUCCUGCUUACACAGAUCCAGACACGACCGCUGUGAUGUCACAGUUCGGGAAUUCUUCUCAACACACAGUGCCCGCCGAGGCUAUUGUGACAUACCUAGGCUCUGAGUGA